AUGAAGAGCUGGCUGGAGAGUGGCAUUAGUAUGGACGACGGCGCGCUAUCGUGCAUGCUCGCAGAACCGCGCGAAGCACUGCUGCCUAUCACGGGCAGGGAGAACUUGGCACCCAGGAAACGGGAAAGAACACUAGAACCAUGCGCGUUGUCCGAAGAGGCAUACCUCUCAAGUGGGACAGGGUCUCCCUGCGCCGGACUCUCCCGGGAAGAGCGUAGACGACGACGUAGAGCUACACUGAAGUACAGGACAGCGCAUGCCACCAGAGAAAGAAUACGUGUGGAAGCAUUUAAUGCCGCAUUUGCGUCACUCAGGCGACUCCUACCAACAUUACCUCCGGAUAAGAAACUAUCGAAAAUUGAAAUUUUAAGGCUCGCAAUAUGUUAUAUAGCUUAUCUUAACCAUGUAUUAGAUGCGUGA